UAUCUUAAUUCAUCUGGUCUAUAGCAAGCCAGACAUGGGGGUUAGUGAAUGGGUACGGAGCAGAAUAUUUGCUUGACUGAUGUCUGACCUGACCUAGGGUGCCACGCUUCUAUUAUUAGCUAACAGUGGCUUCAAAAAAAGACAAUUGAUCGUACCCCAAUGACAGCCACCACUCUAGCCAGUUUAUGUGGAACAUUCCAUAGUUCCAGACUCGGAACAUCAAUACAGUGCCAUUAUUUAAUUGUGUGCUUGCUAGUCUGCUUUGUGGACACUUAAACCAUUGGUUAAGAGGGAUAAUGGACUUCAGAAAGUACUGAUAAAUUAGUAAUGGCCAAGUUGUCAUAAAUAUUGGUUCUUAAAUUCAACAAACUGCUGGACAAUAGGAUAAAUAAAAUCCUCAAACAAGGUUCACCUAAUGUGAAUCCCUGACUAUAUAAAUGUAUUUGAAUCCGACUCGUUUGGAAAGUGAAUCAAACCCCCCUAGUGUUGCCAAAUGAUUUGACCAAUAUUCUAAAGAGAGACCAUUUCAGGGCAGUACACAGGGUUCUCAGGUGAAUGGUAUAGUCAGUCUAUAUUGGGUACCAGUCUGUUUGGGAUUGAACAAUGCUAGCUCCUGUAGUAAAGCAGAACCAGACUGGCACACCAUCUGCUCAGCAAUAAUCCACCCAGGAUUUGGGGUUAAGGUUUUGUACUGAGAAGCAAUAUUUUCACAUUUUCCCUUUUGUGCAGGUCAUUAGUUAGAGCAUGACGAUCUGGUUUACUCAUCAUGGGGAGAUACUAGUAGAACAUGUUUGGAUUUGGGCCAGUAGAUAUAUGUAAUUGAUUCUUUAGCCAAAUGUAAAAUGAAUGAGUGGGAGGUGCUUUGGAAAGCUGGAAAGUGUUUGAGAUAGACAUUAGGGAUUGAGAGCUUGAAAUUGUGGCAGUGCUUAUAAAUUUAACCGGCUAAAUAUACAGAACAAAAAUGGGAGCCAGGCCCACCCACUGGGGAGCCAGGACCUGCCAAUCAGAAUGGGUUUUCCCCCCCACAAAAGGGCUUUAUUACAGAUGUAAAUACUCCUCAGUUUCAUCAGUUUUCCGGGUGGCUGGUCUCAAGACAAGGUGAAGAAGCCGGAUGUGGGGGUCCUGGGCUAGCGUGGUAACAAGUGGCCUGUGGUUGUGAGGCUGGUUGGACAUACUGCCAGAUUCUCUAAAACGAAGUUGAAGUGGCUUAUGGUAAAAAAUGGUUAUGGUUAAAAUUACAUUAUCUGGCAACAGCUCUGAUGGACAAUCCUGCUGUCAGCAUGCCAAUUGCACACUACCUCAACUUCAGACAUCUGUGGCAUUGUGUUGUGUGACAAAACUGCACAUUUUAGAGCGGCCUUUUAUUGUCCCCAGCACAAAGUGAACCUCAUACAGCUUAAUAUGCCACAUCUGUCAGGUGGAUGGAUUAUCGUGAAAAAGGAGAAAUGCUCACAAACAAGGAUGUAAAAAAAAAUGUCUGCACAAAAUGUGAGAGAAAUAAGCUUUUUUUUGUCCGUACGGAAACUUUCUGAGAUCUUUUAUUUCAGCUCAUGAAUCAUGGGACCAACACUUGACAUGUUGCAUUUUAUAGUUACAUUUCUAAAUUUAGUGUACAGGAAUUUGAUUAUUAGUAAUAGAAUAUAAACUUUUAAUCUAGUACUCGCACCCAUCCCUAAUAGACAUCAAUUGCACAUCACACAGAUUGGAAAACUCCUAUUGGUGUUAGUCUACUUGUUGAUAGACAAAAUGACAGACCCAUGUAACUGCACUGUGCAUUGACCAAAGUCGAUUAUCAAAAUCUCAUCGAAAAUCCAUUCCUUUGGAAAUAAUGAUAGUAUGAUCUGGUUAAAGGAAAACCACAAAGAAAGUUGUGUUUUCUGGCCAUCACAUGACACUAUAUGUAGGCUAACACACAAUGAUCAGAACUGCAUUUCAUUUUGUAACUGCUAUAUAAACACUUUUGUAACUGUUUUCAGGUCGAGUUACAGGACCCAGGAUUAUGUCAACUCCUGGACAAAAAAAAGCAGACAAAGUUUUAAAUAUACCCUUAACAUCUGUGGUAAUCAGGUUUAGGCUCAAUUUGAAUUGAGGCAGUCAAUUUUAGAAGGAAACUGAAAUUCCAAUUCAAUGAAAAAGGGAAUCUCUUUUCCACAACUUCUCAAUAAACUGAAAAGGAGAAGCUAUUUAUGUCAAAAGUUGUCAAAUGUUCUGAUUUGAAAUUCAACUCACUUCCUGAAUUGACUGACUUCAAUUGCAACAAGCCAGAGUAAUCGAUUUCUUGUAAAUUAAUACAAAUAUUGUGUCAACUGCCAGAGACAACUUAAUUACAGAGGGGAAGCACCAGAGUAUGAAAUCGGACAUGACCCAUUGAUUGCAUUACAAGAGUAAAAAACUAUAGAUCUGAAAGAGUUGUGGCACAGUCCCAUAGCGUUAUGUUGUUUGGGAGGGAUACCAGAACCAGUAACUGAUUUCAAAACAAACUCCCAUCACAUUGCCUAUGUAUACCAUGAUCAGAUAAACUGCACCAAACAUCUCUCACCGGGGGCUAUGGCGUAUAUCCUAUAGAAUCUACAGACGGCAGACAAGAGGGAACCUAAUAAGUAGGCCGUCUGUCCAGUACAACACCUUUCCAUGCUUCACUCUUAUAUUCCUAGCUAUACAUUCAAGACACACUGGACUGUUGACAUUUAAGUUCAGCUAGUCCUUUAGGAGAAGCCAAAUAUCUUUUUAACCAAGUCAUUCCACUGUUUCUUUUUAAUUAAGGACAUUAUUUAACUAACCUAUAACCCUGAAUCAAUAAAUGGCAAGCGUGAAUAGGCUGAAACAAUUGCUGUGUGGCUAUGAUUUCUCUACUGUAUUGGUAGAACUCUGAUUAUUGAUUUUAUCUCGCUGACUGACCAGAAUCUGGCACUGGCAGCUGUCUCAACUGUUCAGUCAUACGUGGUGUACUGUCGGCACUGGAAACCCUGGUCAAAUUUGGGUCACAGAAGUUCAGGUGAUGCGCAUCGACAGAUGUGGAGGGGGUACAAACGAUUUUCUUUUAAAGCUUUUUGGUGGCCUCAUCGCGGCUGGAUGACCCGUGGGGAUUCAAAUCACCGGCAGUCUGUUCAUGCUGCUGCAAGGUAAAUGGAAAUGACUCUCUCAUUGAUUUCUCUCAUUGUUUAUAAGUUAAAUCACCGAGGGGAAUGGCUUUAUUUUUGGCAAAACAGGACUACUGAAAGGAGCAAGAGAGGCAAAUAAUAAACAUGAUAAUCGACGGCUUGCUUAUUCAUACAUUUUGACAUCUGCUUUACAAAUAUGUGAUGCUCCAUAUUCAUUGUAAAUUUACAUCUGUCUUCGAUGUACAUUGCCUUUUUUUCCCCUGAUAAAGACACAACGAUGCCCGUGUAAAGAUGGGGGAUUGGAAUUUCCUAGGGGGGAUAUUGGAGGAGGUCCAUAUCCACUCCACUAUGGUGGGAAAAAUCUGGCUCACCAUCCUAUUCAUCUUCCGCAUGCUGGUGUUGGGUGUGGCGGCCGAGGACGUGUGGAACGAUGAGCAGGCCGACUUCAUCUGCAACACGGAGCAGCCCGGGUGCCGGAACGUCUGCUACGACCUGGCUUUCCCCAUCUCCCUCAUCCGCUUCUGGGUCCUUCAGGUCAUCUUUGUCUCAUCGCCCUCACUGGUGUACAUGGGCCAUGCUCUCUACCGCCUCCGAGCCCUGGAGAAGGAGCGGCAGAAAAAGAAGGUCCUGCUACGUCGCGAGCUGGAGCUGGUAGACGUGGACAUGGUGGCUGCUCGGAAAACGAUUGAGCGAGAGGUGAGGCAGCUGGAGCAAGGCAAGCUCAACAAGGCUCCGCUGUCAGGGUCCCUGCUGCGCACCUACGUGGCCCACAUCAUUACCCGCUCUGCCGUGGAGGUAGGCUUUAUAACGGGCCAGUACAUCCUCUAUGGCUUCCAGCUCUCCCCUCUAUUCAAGUGCGAGCGUGAGCCUUGCCCCAACGCGGUGGACUGCUUUGUUUCCCGGCCCACAGAGAAGAGUGUCUUCAUGGUCUUUAUGCAAUGCAUCGCUGUAGUCUCCCUCUUCCUAAACAUCUUGGAGAUCAUGCACCUGGGCUACAAGAAGGUCAAGAAGGGCAUCCUGGAUUACUAUCCACACCUGCAAGACGAGCUUGACGACUUCUACUCAAGCAAAACCAAGAAAGACUCUGUGGUGCAUCAGACAGGCAUUGCUUCCUCCGGCUGUAAUCCCACCAUGGCCUCCGCGCCCAGUGGCUACAACCUCCUACUGGAGCGGGCCCAGGAGGGUCACACCUACCCCCCCCUUAUCAACCCCUCUGCCUUCCUCCCUGUUCAGGGUGAACUGGCUGGUAAACGGAGCGUGGAAGAACUCAAAGAUGCUGCACAUAGCCCGACGGAGCACAACUCCAACUCCAAUAACACCAGCAGUGACAGCCGCUCACCGCCCUGCGACUCAGUGACCCCGCCAAAGCAGGAGGAGCCAGAGGAGUCUGCACACCUUCCCCCUCACAGCGAGGAAGAGAAGAGGGGGAGCCCAGACUCUCCCAGGCGCCCAAGGGAUGCAUCUCAUGCCUCCUCCUGCCCGACAUUGCUAGUAGGCGCCGGAAGGAAAACAUGGAGGGUCAACGCUCCCUCAAAUUGUUCCACAGUGGUGGAGGGCAAAAGCUCAGACACAGAUUCUUAUGGGGGUGCUAAGGCCAGUGGUGGGUACCAAGCCCGGACUGCGUCGAAAUCGGAACCCAAAAUGCGUCCCUCCACCCCAGACUCACUGGGGGACUCAAGUUCAGGGUCACAGCACAGUCCGAGAACACCCUCUUCCAAUCGCCGACCAUCAUCCACAAGCAACGCAAGUAGUAGGCGAGCCCCAACAGACUUACAAGUCUGAAUGCUAAGACUAAAACCUUAUCGCUUGUCCCUCAGACAAAAAAUACUUUAUUUCAAACACAGGGAUCAGAAGAACAUGACAUGAGUUGUGACAUUGUGUGAACUGCUUCGGAGGGAAAUCUGUUGCAGUAGUCCAGCAAAAUGGAUAGAUGUGUUUUAUAAGAUGUCACCUCUGUUUCUGUUGAUCUCUAUGUGGUAGUUUAUUUUUGUAUUCACCAGCUUCAAAGCCUCCGUCAUACUUUGUGAUGACAUAAGACACAGUAGAUAAAACAUUGGGUGUGGGGACUAGCUAUUGGGAAUAUUGACCUGCUUUUAAAUGUAUUGUGGCUAAGAGAGAAAAACACUGGAACAGUACAGAUCACACAGCAGUGACACCGUUAGUGCUUUCUGUAGGUUUCAGUUAAUUUUAAACACCAUUGUUUAGAGAGAAACCAUGAAAAUAUGUCCUCAUGGCAGCCCAAUUCAGAAUUUUGUUUCACUAAUUGGUCUUUUGACCAAUCAGACGAGCUCUGAAAAAUAUCUGAUAUGAAAAGAUCUGAUUGACCAAUUAGUGGGAAAAGAUCAGAAUUGGGCUGCCUGUCUAAACGCAGCCAAAGUACCUUUUGACCACUGAAAAUAGAGUAUGUAGACUAAAUGAUGUAUAUUGCAUGAAAGAAUUACCUAAUUUCCCAUUUAUAUCUUGGUUUUUAUUUUGCAUUAACUACUGUAUGUCCAUACUAUCAUCGUAAAACCAUGUAUGACGGUUACAAUGGCCCUCCACGUUCUUUUAGGCACAACUUUUCUUUUAAGGGUUGUGGGGUAUUUCAGUUUCUUAUGCAUUUCAAGUAACGCCAGCAGAGCCUCUGUGUGCACACAGUACAAAAGUGAUAUCAUGAGGUAAGAUUUCUAUAUUGUAACAAAUGUGAACAUGAUUAAAAAGGAAAACACCCAUUACGUUAAUGUUUGUUUACUAGAUACAAAGCAUUGGUGUAUAGUAGGAUAAGUACACUGAAAGCAGAAAAAGGGGGUUUGCUUUUAUGAGGGGGAGACAGUCAAAGGACAAAAGCUAUUAUAUUUCAAUAUAAUCAAAUAUACAAAUUAAGUUAAAUACUUAAACCUAGUAGAAAAAAAAGAACAGAGGUGAAUAAAAUCCCUUGCCUCCAGUUGUUGGUUUCGACUUGCCAUAAAA